CUCAUCCCAGAAGCAGGAUCAAGUCAUUUAGUUUACACUCAGGCGGUGUCCUUAUCUUCCUUAACGUGGUGGCCCCGGACAGUCCGUGGCGAUGGAGACUCCGGCCUGGUGGACACCUUCUGCCGCAGGAUCGCUGUGCUGCCUGCAGACCAGGCACCUGUCUUCAUGCAAGCACGGCCGGGGCUGCAUUUUGCUCACGUGCGACAUGCUGGCCUGUAUUUUGUUGCGACUGUCCUGCCCAGCACCUCCCCAUUUGUUGCUGUGGAGUUCCUCAACAGAUUGGUAACUCUCCUGAAAGACUACUGUGGUUCCCUAAACGAGAAGACAGUCAGCUUGAACUUUGCACUCCUCUAUGAAGUGCUGGAUGAGCUGCUGGAUUACGGCUACAUUCAGACAACAGCACCUGAGGUGCUACGGAAUUUUAUCCAGGUGGAACCUGUGCUGAGCGAACACUUCAGCCUUCUUGAUCUUAACACAGUGGGUCUGUUUGGAGCGGACACCCAGCAAAGCAAGAUUGCCCCCAGCUCUGCAGCUGCCCGGCCUGUCCUGUCCUUGCGGGGAGAACAGGUCUCGCAGCCUGAAAUUUUUCUAGAUGUGGUAGAGAGGCUCAUGGUCACCAUCGCAGCUAAUGGCACCCCCAUGAAAGCUGACAUCCAAGGGGAAAUUCGGCUUAAGAGUUUCUUUCCAGGUUGCUCUGAAAUGCGGAUCGGCCUGACGGAGGAGUUCUGCGUGGGCAAGACGGAGCUCCGAGGCUAUGGCACCGCCGUCCGCGUGGAUGAAUGUUCCUUCCACAGUUCUGUUAAGCUGGAUGAGUUUGAGCGCAGUCGCAUCCUCCGGGUGAACCCCGGUCAGGGGGAGCUGACCUUGAUGCAAUACCAGGUGGCCGAUGACAUCCCUGCGGCCCUGCCCUUCCACCUCUUCCCCACAAUCAGCCACGACCCCAGUGGCCGGAUACAAGUUUAUCUCAAGCUGCGCUGUGAUUUGUCACCCAAGAGCUACGCUGUAAACGUCCACCUCCACCUCCCAGUUCCCAAGGCUACUUUGAGCUUCUCUCAGGAGCUAAGCAGUCCAGAACAGACGGCUACCUUGCAGGCCACCACCAAAUCCGUGGAGUGGGUUGUACCUCGCAUUCAAGGCGGCUCCCAGCUUUCUGCCCUCUUUAAGCUGGAGGUGCCGGGACUGAGCCGGGCAGGGCUGCUAGAGUUAGGCCCGGCCAGCCUCUCCUUUGAGUUGCCAGCCUACACCUGUUCAGGGCUCCAGGUUCGCUUCCUGCGGUUCACAGGGCCACAGCCCAGCCUUCCCCAUCGCUGGGUGCGAUACGUGACUCACAGCAACUCCUACGUUAUCCGCCUCAGUGCCGGGUAGAGGCUCUCCGGGCUGCCGGGCCGUCCCUCCCUUUGCAAGGACAAGCGCUGGCUCCAUUUCCUUUCAGACACAAGAGGCUCUCCGGCAACCCACUUUUAUUUUUGAACCAACAACUGUAACGUAUGAAAGCCAGAACUGUGUAAUAAACUCUGGAACAUGAAGUAUUGCCAAGGUCUUCUUUGGAAGGGGAGGAGGACAGUCAAUGAGGCGUGGCGCCAAACUCCAUCCCGCACAAACUAUCCCUGAGAAAAGGGGCGAACAGAGGCCCCAGGCACGGAUCCUCGUCGGAGGGUCCACACAACGGAGGCGUUUUACAACAGGGUAAAUCUUUCCUGCCCUGGCGCGCAGGGCAGGUGCCAAGGGAAUGAAUUGCUGGCCAGGAAGCACUAGCCGACGAAACCUGCAGCAGGAAGGGGAUUAGCAGAGACGGAGACAGAUGGGAUGAGGAGAUGAGAACCUUCUUGAUUCUGUGACCCUUCCGUAUCCUUCUAACUCUGCAGUUCUCUAGUUUUCAAAGCCUCCGGACUGAAAGACAAGACGGCAACCACCACCCUCACUGCCAUCAGCCUCCUUUGUGAGCUUUCAGAGCCACCAGAUCCGAUUGUAGAAUUUCAGAAUUGUGGAGCUAGAAGGGGGCCCAAGGAUCACGGGGCCCACCCCCUGCCAGUGCCGGAAGGAGCCAGGUCAGAGCCUCCUCCCUAGCAGGUGCCCAGCCAUCCUCCGCUUAAAAACCUCCAGCGAAGGAGAGGCCAUCACCCUCCCAUGAAGUCCAUUCCCACUGCCCAAGGGCUCUCAUGGUGAGGCAAGGAGAGCAACACAGGUGAAGCCACAUCCACCAAGGAGGCUGGGACAGCAGUGCUUCUCCUUUUGGGGGACACAGGGG